AUGCUCUGUCCAAACAGUAAUAAUUGCCAACAGUUGCAAGAUGAAGAACAUUUAAAUUCAUUUACACAUUUAGGUAUUAAAGAUAUACGUUUAUUGUGUAACCAUUCUGAUACAGAAUGCAAACAGACAAGAGAUUUAAAGCAUUUAGCAAGAUAUCGUCAUAACAUAAAACAAGAUUAUUUAGGUGUUGCAAAAUUUUUUGAUUUAAAUAAAAAUAUAAAUUUUGCUCAAAAUUAUCAAAAUAUAUUGCAAACCAUGAAAACUCCAAAAAUAUUUGAAUCCAUCUUACUUCAUGGUCAUGUCAUGGGCCGAUCGUAUAUGGAAAAAUUGAAACUACCAGAAUUUGUUACACAUACGUCUAUACAACACAGUCGAAUUAGAAAAGUAUUAGAUCAGGAAAGUAUUCCAGCAAUACAAAAACAAGUUAAGGAGUAUAUUAAAGCCAUAGUUGAAAUAGAAUUUCAAAAAGAAAAUAUUCGUACAACAGAUGAUAAACAAGAGCCACGGUAUGAUCGUAAUCAACAAGAAAACUUAUUAUUAAUACCAAAGAUGGAACAUGCUUUGACGUCUUUCUUUUCCAACAAUGAUAUCGCAGCAAUUAAACGUAAAACACUUGAAAUAGUCAAAGAUUCAAUAAAAUUACAUCAAAGUCCAACGGGAAUUGGAUAUGAAGCAGAUGAAGCAUUAGAAACAAAUAAACAUGUAUUCAGUAUUUUGGGGCCGCAUACAGGAUGGUAUUAUGGUGAUAUUGUUAUUGUAUUUAAACCUGAAUUAUUGUUACAUCCAGAUUUUAAUUUUACAAUGCAAGCUGGAACAGGUUUUGUAAGUCGUAACGUUUAUAAAUUGCGCCCAUGGUUGAGUGAUCCAGGCACUGAUGCUGGUCACAUCAAUCAUUUUCAUUCAACAAAAAUGCAUUGCGCAUUAGAUGAUUAUGAAUAUGUUACAGGAUUAGAAUUGAUGGCAUUAGCUGGUAGAGACAAGAAAACAAUGAAUGUUGAUUUAAAUGAUAUAAUACAAUAUUAUAAAUCAUGCGAUUCACAUCAAGUUAUUGAAGGACAUUUGCCACAACUGAUACCAUUAUCCUAUGUUGAACAAGUAUUUAUGCCAAAAAAUGUCUUUGAUUCAUUGAAUAAAGAUGCACAAAAUUCACAAAAUCAUGUAUUUAAAAACCGAGUAAUGAUAACGAAUGAUAUUGUUGAUUUAAAUGCACCUAAUCAAUUCGGUCCACCAGAUACAACACGAACAAACUAUCAUGACUACAUCUUUCAACAAUUGUUAAAAAAAACUAACAUACGGGCAAGAAAUGUUCCCAAUGAUAAUAGUAAUACAAACCCAAAAGCCACAGCAAAUAAUAAAAAAUUAUCUAAUGAUACAGUCUAUAUAUAUUUUAAAAUAAAAGAUGGUGAUUUUAUGUUGAUUCUGACAAAUGAACGAAUUAAUAGUGAACAAGUACAAUCAAAUCUGAAAUAUUUAACAUGUUACGUAUCACCAAUGCCAUCAACAAAUGUAUCCGGAUCCGAUGAAUAUUAUGAAACAAAUUCGUAUAUCAAUAAUAUGCCACCUUUAACCCAUGAAGGCGUCUUACAAAAGAAAAGUUUUCUGGCAACAUCAAACCAUUUUCACAAAGGUUGUAAUACAGACGAUUACAUUCAAUAUUGUUUAACAAUUCAAUAUCAUACAGGACGCGUAUCACUUGCUCAUGCUGGUGUCAAUGGCAUCUACAGUCAUUCACCAUUAGAACAUAAAUUUAGUAGACAAAAUUUAGAUCUCAGAAUAUUACAAUAUAUUCAAAUUCAAUCGUUUUCACAAACAAUAUCAAUACAAAAUGUUUUCAUUAAAUUUGAACAAUUACAACAUUUACAUCUAACAAUGGAUAAACAAUUUAAAAUGGAAGUCAAUCCUGACGAAGAUGAGUCAGAUUCUGAACAACCAUAUGGAAAAAACAAAAAAAAUCAAUCUAAGGCAAUCAAAGAAUUAACUAAGCCUGUCGUAAAACUAGUAGCAGCACCAGCAGGAAUUAAUUUACAACGCAUGGAUGGAAGUAAACAGAAGCCCGGGUUUUUUCACCGAAUAUGGAAACGUCUAUUUGGAAGUAAAGCCGAUCAACAACAAUAUGCUCAGCCGCACGAGCAGUACACUCACCCCUUACAACAACAGUAUCAACCUCAUCGGCAGCAGCAGCAACAUCAACAAGGACAACAGAGAAAGCCAGAUUCAUCCGAUGAGCAAAAACCGGAACAAGAAAAGCAAUCUCAGAAUCCAGUCUGUCGACAUUCAAUUCAUUGUUUAGUACAAUAUUCACGAAAUGAAGCUGAAGAACAUAAUAAUAAAUAUACACAUCCAUGUCGUUUUUCAGAAAUAUGUCGCGAGAGAGCCGAUCGAAAACAUAGUUUACAAUUUACACAUGAUGAACAUAAAGUUCCUACAUGUCGACAUGAUCAACAAUGUACACAAAAACACGAUCCUCUGCAUCGUUAUGAAUUCCGGCAUACGGGCUUACCAGAUUUAUUACGACCAUGCAAAUAUCAAACAAAAUGUCGACAAAAAUCAUCAGAAGAACAUACAAUUAGUUUUUUUCACGGUGAAAAUAUUCCUUUGACAACAGGUCAUACAUCUGGAUCCAGAAAUAAUGAUUAA